AGACAAGUGGGUGGGUGAAUUUCCAUGGAUUUCGAAGAUCUGCGCUACCUUUCUGUAAUUGAAGAGACUGUGGAUGAAAUCAACCCUGAGGAGACCGUCGAGGAUGAAAAAUCCUUUUCCGCGUAUGGCGAUUUGGUGAUUGAGCAACUUCAUCCUCUUGAAGAAGAGACUGUGGAUGAAAUCAACCCUGAGGAGACCGUCGAGGAUGAAAAAUCCUUUUCCGCGUAUGGCGAUUUGGUGAUUGAGCAACUUCAUCCUCUUGAAGAAGGUAUUCCGGAGGUUGUCCCUGAUUCAGAGGAAGAGGAUGAGCCCGCUGAGCCCUCUCCAGUGUCAAGCUUUGUGUGCGCAAGAAAGCACACUUGUAACACCAUCUUAAAGCUUAUGUUCCCGGGCUGGGAUACACCCAAGGACAACCUCCGGAAUACCUUCUUCAAGAGGAUGAAGUUGCUCAAUCACCAAAUCGCCAUACGCGGAAAAGGAUUUUUCAUCCUCGACGGUCUCCUCAGGGUUGAUUUCAUCCACAGUCUCUUCAAUUACAGAAAGCAUUCCGAUGCAAUGCUCUGCAACGGAAAUUCUGUUGCAGGAGUGCAUUUGCAACAAGGGUUUUUGCAACGGCAGAAUUGCAACGGAAAAGCUGUUGCAACAAGCAUUAGCAACGGAAUUAUUGAAGAAAUGCAACGAAACGUGCCGUUGCAAUUACAUCAUAUUCUUAUUAACCGCAUCUUCCCCAGAAUUCUGGGCCACGAAGGAGCAGGGAUUGUUGAGAGCGUCGGAGAGGGUGUUACUGAGGUGGCGCCUGGGGAUCACGUCCUGACGGUGUUCACAGGGGAAUGCGGGGGGUGCGACCACUGCUUGUCGGAGGAGAGCAACCUGUGCAGUUUUCUGACCUUCGAGCCGGAAAAAACCACAUUGGGAGAUGACGAAAAGUCGAGGUUUUCUUACAAUGGAGUCCCGGUGUAUCACUUUGCCGGCACUUCCACUUUCAGCGAGUACACAGUGGUUAACUAUGGUUGUCUUGUCAAACUCGACCCCAUGGUUCCUAUGAACAAGAUCUGCGUUCUGGGAUGCGGAAUUGCUGCAGGCUUGGGUGCUGUGUUGAAUGCUGCUAAACCGAAACGGGGCUCCACGGUGGCGAUUUUCGGACUGGGAGACGUAGGACUUGCAGCUGCAGAAGGAGCAAGAAUAUCUGGUGCCUCAAAGAUCAUAGGAGUUGACACUGAUCCUUCCACUUUCACUAGAGCACUAGCGUUUGGGGUGACAGUGUGUCUGAACCAUCUGCAGUACGACAAGUCGAUUCAAGAAGUCAUUGCAGACAUGACUGAUGGAGGAGCCGACCGGAGCGUGGAAUGCAGUGGAGAAACUGAAGCAAUGAUCGCCGCAUUUGAAUGCGUUCAUCAGGGGUGGGGCAUGGCGGUUCUGGUUGGGGUGCCGAAUAUGGAAUGCAAGAGGCUGAGGCUUGACACGGCGAAAGUGGUUGAGGGGAGGACAGUCACUGGCUCUUUCUUUGGGAACUACAAAGCCCGGUCUCAGCUGCCACAACUGGUGCAGAUGUACAUGAACCAGGAAUUGGAGCUGGACAAGUUUAUAAAAGAGGAAGUGGCGCUUUCGGAGAUCAAUGAGGCUUUCGAUGGGUACGUGGAUGGGCAGCAGGGCCUUCGCCCUGUGAUUCGAAUGCAGGAGUGAUGACCACAAGAUAGAAGAAGAAGAAGAAGACAGGAAGUCAUUUGGUUCAUUUGGUUUAGGAUGAUUCAUUAAUGGAGUUAAUUGCUAGUCAUUACUUGGUUUAGUUGUCUGGUGUGGUAUACUUUGGUUCUGUUCUGGGUUUUGUG